CCGCUUGUUGUUAGUUGGUUGAGCACGUGGGAAAUUUCAACGAUGUCGUACAGGCCUUUCAUGCCGUUUUUACAUGCACAAGAGCAUUAUACUUACCCACCUCCAGUAGAGGAUUAUGCCUACUAUCCCUCAUCAAACUGCAGUACAUCUAUGGAUGUCUAUUGUGAGCCAUCCACUGCCAACCAUUACACUCCUGAGCCAUCAUUUGCUGAAUUGCAAGAGUUCUGCAAUAGAAGUAGGAAUUCUAUCGUUGAAAGCGUUUAUGCUUCAUCUAUUUCCAGCUCAGAUGCACAGUCUCAGUAUAAUGUAGCUGAUUUGAUUACAGUCAAUGAUGGUUGCUUUCCUAGAAGCAGGAGCUCCUCUGCAGCUGGUUUUUCUGUUCAGUCUCUUCAGGAUUUUUGUAACGAUGCACGCUCUUCGCUGAACGAUAGCAACACCGUUUACGACCAUGACUCUGCGUACAUUGGAAAUGGCCAUGAAGAAGAAGAUGAUGAUGGAGCAGAUUGGUUUGAUAUUGAAGCUCUUGGUUUAAAUAUAAACGACCUUGACGAAAAUGAGUUAGACUCUCCAACAUGGCGGUUUGACUUCCCUUUACCGAUGUUACCUGUUGUGCCCGUACAAGAAUUGAAAAUGGAGAACUUUGAUGGGCAAAUUUUCUACGUUGAUAAUGAAGGGUACGUGCAAGUUUACACGCAAGGAGAAUGUCGAGUUCCUUUUCAUGGAAAAGCAUCGAUUGGAGUCUGGUUCGGACCAAAUCAUCCAUCAAAUGUCAGCGAGUGUCUUCAUCGUGGCCGCCGAACCCAGGAGGCAGCUCGAUUUGCUGCGGUGAUAGAAGCCAUCCGUGUUGCUGGAUCUCAUGGGAUCACCAAGUUGCAAAUUAACACAGAUUACGAGAACAUAAUCCGUUUCAUGUUAUACUUCAUUUUGAAAUGGGAACAAAACGACUGGAUGACAUUGCGCGGUCAUCAUGUCAAGAACAGAGUUCUCAUCCGUGAGCUAGACUACUUUUCGCGCCUUCUUGAUAUCAAAUGGAACCUUGUCCCCAGUUACGAAUACGCAGAAGGCAACUUAGAAGCUGCUCAAUUAGCCAUAGAAGCACUUGACCUGAAACUACCAAAAGGAAAGCCUUCAUCAGACGAUAUGGACGUUGUUAACUAUGACAAAAACGAGCAGGUAGCACAACCUGCUAAUGGAGACGGUACGAAAAAGCGACGUUUUGUUCCCAUUGUGUAUUAAGAAUUGUUCUCCGUUCUUCUACCUUUUGGUUUUUUGUUGAUUCUUCGUUCACAGAAACUUUGUCUCAAAGUUGCGUUAAUGUUAUUAAGUGUUUCGGAAUUUAACUUCGCCUUAAUUAGGAAUAAUCGACCUUGUCCCAACCGUAUUGGAACAUUUGUGUGGAUAACCAUUAAUUUAAUCGAGAAAGAAAUGUCACUUUCAUUUUGUUGCUCUAUUGUUUAGAAUUCUCUACUGAAAAGGAAGUAAAGUACA